AUGGUGCUACGAGAUCAUGAUUCAGAGUUGCGGAACUCCUACAAGCACGUAAGGCUCUUUGUUCGGCCCGACCAACUGGAAGGUACAGCGGACGUGACGGGGAAGCUGGACGAGGACAGGGCCAACAAUGACGAUAAGCGCAGCUUGGCGUCCAUACUGGACUCCAGCUCUUCGUUGAAAAAAAAGGGGAGGAGCACCGGAUACAUACCAUGUGUGUCCUUCAACACCGUGCCCAGGUCUAAGGUUUCUUCACCCCUGGAUGAAGACAAGAGAGAUUUCCCAGGCGUACAAGUCCCUGCAGACUACACGAUGGAGGAAUACUACGAUGACGAGAGUGGCUACGCCUCCGAUAACAACACUGACUAUUUUUCUGGGAAGAGCUACACUGGCGGCUCUUCCAGUCGGGAGAGCAGUAGUUCCAGCCCCGGCAGGUACAGUUCGCCGCCACCUGCCUCCAUGAAGAACAUCAAAAUAGGCAAGAUGUUCAAGAUUUCAGAAAACGGGAGGAUCGUGAGGGAGGACUACCCCACCAGGCCCACGGAUAUCAACGAUGCGCUCGUGAUCAAUAGAGCGUAUGCGAAUUGGCGACAACUCUGGGCUAAGAAGAAAGAACAGAUCGAUCAUCGGAUAGAGCAAAAAAACGAAUUUUUCAAUUACCCAACAAUACUUUUCCCCCCAAGCAAGAAAAAGCCCUCGAAAGGUGGUGGUGCUAAUGCAAUCAAAUUCAAUCCUCCCCUCGAAGAUGGGUUUACGCCCUUGACCAAAUCUCAAAAGAGGAAAGAGCGUGUGCUGAGCGAAAAUGUUGGGUUCCCCAAUACUCCUCGAACAAUUCUUUGCCUUAUUAGCGGUAGGAAGCACACCUGGGUAGCCCUGGACUGGGCGCUACGGACCCUGGUCCAGAAUACGGACCACAUUGUGGUGUUGGCUAACCUGCCUCGCCUAACAAGACACGACCUUGGGAACGGUGACUCGAUGAGUGAGCGCAAGAGAAUGCUGAUGAUGAUGGACGACAGCAGAAGCAUUGAGUCUGCCACGAGGUCUAGGUCCAGGUCGAGAUCCAGGUCCAUGUGCACACGAAGAGCAAUGUCUCUGGGCCCGCAGGACUCCGAUAACAAGUUGAAACACCAAAGUUUUAUGGAAUGGACCUCCGGUUAUACAGAAAAUGAAAUAGAACAUAAACUUCAGGACUUGUUUGACUACAUUACACUCGUGAUUCCUAAAGACCGUUCCGUCAAAGUCACCGUAGAGAUUCUGAUUGGGAAGACCAAGAAAACGCUGUUGGAGGCCAUUAACAUCUACCUACCGGACUUCUUCGUGUCCAGCACUUUGAGAUGGCAAAGAACAGAUAGUCUUGUUCGUUGGAAGUCAAACCUUUUGACGGAUAAGCUGUGCACCAACUUCCCGAUUCCCACUUUUAUUGUUCCGGCGAAGAGAAUGGCAGAACUGGAAUUGGAUUUACAAAGGCAGUUUGCGGAUCCAGAGGUAGUAAAAAAUAAGGACAAGACCAUUUUGAAACCUAGCUUGCUUCAUUCCAAGUCAGCAGAUGCGAGUAUCCCGACUACUUCAAAUUUUAAACAGGCUACAAGCAACGACUAUUCUAUAGACUCGGUGGGUGAUACCGCUGAUAGUAGUGGUGCUGAUAGUAACCGAAAAGGGACCUCAAAUGAUGAGCCUGAUGUAUCCAAUAAUGACGAUGUUUUAUCCGUGAAGUCCCUAACUUCUAAUGUUUCAGUAAAGGAAAAACUACGUGCCAUGGCCAGAAAUCGUAGGGAAAGUAUGACGCAGCAAUUGGGUGACGCUGACCAUGAUUCAUCUAUACCUCCGGGACAAAGGCACCUGAAAAAAUUAGACAUCAUCUUGGAAUCUUCACUCAAGUUUUCGUUAGAAGUCGAAACUAUUACUGAUGACACUGGAAGUGAAGAUGCAGACGCUAAUGGGCCACAAGCCAUCGACUCAGGGUUUGAAGAAUUGAAAAGGGUCAUCACUGGUGGUGCUCCGCCCAAACACGUCGCCACCCAAAAGAGAUCCAUGCUUGACGUUUUAGACGGUCCCAGUACGCCUGGGUCCAAAUCCAAACCAAGAUCAAGGUCUAAAUCGAGAACAAGAGAGAAAUCGAAACCAAAUUCCCCUAUUGCCACGGAUAUAUACCUCGAUACAAACGCUUCUAGAUCUCGUUCCUCGCAAAUCAAGUUCGCAUCCACUGUAAAAGACGCGGAUGGCCACGCUGCGUUAGGAAGUUUCAAGUCUAAGCUCUCACCGGAUAACACAGGCGACUCGCAACAUCAUCAUCAUCACCAUCGCGACGCGGAUCAAGUGGUCAUGCCGGCGUUCCCAGAAUUGGCCCCUUCGAAGUCGUACAGUGUAAGUUCAAGUAACAAGGAACCGUCUUUGAGGAAAGUGAGUAGUGGAUCUACGCUAAGAAAAGUAAAAUCCAAUGAUUCAAGCUCCGCUAAACAACGGAGGAAGACGCCUGUGAAUUCAACUUACUUGAGCCCAAAUUCUGGCGGUGGUGGCUUAUUCUCGUUUUUCAAAGGUAAAUCGAGAUCAUCUUCGCCUUUGAGAAGUCAGAGUGAGGGCAAAGAGGCAUCCAAGCGUAGCGGAUUAUUUGGAUUUAGAAAACUAUGA